AGACUCUCCUUCACGGAGAGAAAUGCAAGUGUUUUAUUUUGAAUGCUAUAUGUGAAGAGAAGCUGCUCAAGUGAUUUGUAUUUCCUGUUCCCUCUGGAUCGCUGUCAUGUUCGAGGCCUCUCUGGUCAGAUGAGCCAGGCUGAAAAAAUUCUUUGGAGCAGUUGAUGAGGAACAAACAAGGAUGAAGUUACCAGAUCAAAUGGCAUAAAUAAUGGGGCUUCUAGAGCUCUGGUGUCUAUUCUGUGGAAUUCUAAUCUGGUGGGCUGAAUGAUGUUGAACUCUUCCAGAGAAAGGUCCCCAUUUUGGUGCUAUAGAGUGUCUGGUUUUCACAAGAAGAACAACAACGCAAACCAUCAGAAGCCCUUAGUUUUUGCUGUUAAUUGAUUGGUUUGGAAGAUAAAAGUCUGAUUUUUGGAAUAAACCUUCAAAAUACAUCUUUGCUUGCCAAAACAAGCCAUGAUAAAUGUUUUACAAAAGAGUUGAAACCUUUCAGAGCACACCCAUUCAAGCCUCAGCACUGAUGCAAGAGAAGCUAGUCAAAAAUUGCAAGAUGACAGAUGAGCCGAUUAAAGAGAUCUUGGGCAGUUCCAAGUGUCCUCAGUGUGCAACACAAGAGAAAAGCAACAACAAUGACUACAGGGUAACAGCUGUCCCCUUGGUGAGUGAAUGCCAACUGACGGCUGCCACCGGGGGAGCUGAAAUCUCCUGUUACCGUUGUACAAUCCCAUUUGGGGUAGUGAUCCUCAUUGCUGGGGUGGUGGUCACUGCUGUGGCAUAUAGCUUCAACUCCCAUGGAUCCAUCAUCUCGGUGUUUGGUCUGAUCCUCUUGUCAUCUGGACUCUUUUUGCUGGUGUCAAGUGCGUUAUGCUGGAAAAUCCGCCAGCACAACAAGAAGGCCAAGAGGCGUGAAAGCCAGACGGUCCUAGUGGCUAAUCAGAGGAACCUGUUUGCUUAAGAACUGCAUGAAAAAAAACUCUGAAAAAGAAAGAGAAUGUGAUGGGUCACCGAGUGCACAAGUCUAUUUAUUUUCAUUUGGGCUACAGGAUGUCUUUUAUUAAUGACUGAUUGGAUUUAUCAAUAUUAAGAAGUAAACAAUUCUUGCAAAAUCAGGAAUAAUUGGUAUCCAUUUUAUCAUAAACAUGUUUCAAGGUGCAUUAGGUUUAGUAGGUCUUCUUCUGUUUAGUCCCCUAUCAUCAUUUCUCCCUUAGCCUCCUCCCCCUCCACAUUUGUAUUGUAAACUUCAAAAGUAAGCCAAGCUAAGAUGAGAAAACCUAUUACAGUCAAAGAUGGUGGGCAAUUGAUAGGGCAAAUAUAUCCCCAUUAGAGCAAGGUAAUGUUUUAUUAUCUUUUUUCAUAGAAUUAUUUGUUUCAAGUGUAUAUAUGUGACAAAAACUUGCCUUAAAUUCCUUUCCCGAGAAGCAACUUUUGAAAACGAUUGGGAAGAAGAGCAUGUGAACAAUUCUGUCAUGGCUAACAGUCACAAGUACAUCUGUGUCACUAUAGCCACAUCUUGUGGUAAAUAAUUCCAUAGUCUUCUUUCCCACAAAAGGUAGGGAAAGACUUAGACCUCGGCUGCCUUUCUACUCCAGAUUCCCCUUGAAAAAUCGACUUCUAGCUGUUGUUACGUGCCUUUGUGUGGAACACAUAGAUCCUGCUUCAGUUCUGUCUCUCAAACUGAAAAUAGCAGUUCCAUUGCCUGCUUCAUUGACUGGCAUGUUUGCUUGAUGUACAAAGGGCUGCAAACAAAGCAAUCCCCUUUUUCCUUCUAUACCCAUUUGGAAAAGCAAUCUUGAAAUGUUAUUUGCCUCCUCAUCCCCAUUCUUUGCCCCUGCCAACUGCCCCCUUCCCCAGACCCAUCUCCUACUCCAAAAGACUUUUGUUGUGUUCCAGGCUAUUCUGAAUGCUUGGAUAACGUUGGAAACAAAUGUCAGGAAAUGUCAGGAAGAUUGAGAAGGUGAUCAGGACACACCUAAAAGUGCCAAAAGCCUGCUCCGUGGUUUUGUCCUCCAAUUUUGUAGCAUUGUGUUUUUUAUAGAUGAAGUUCAUACACAUCUUUCAUCAACAUAUUUUUUUAAAGGCUACAGUAGCUGCAUUAGCCAGUUCUUGGAUCUCUUCUCUACUCCUUGUUUAGUUCCUGAGAAUGUUGUGGUACUGCUUAAAAAGAAAUAUUGAACUUUUAAAAAAAAAUUGGGGUGCUCAGGGGAGGGGGAUUAAUACUUAGACACAAGUUGAUCUCUAUGCUUAUUAGCCCAAAGUAAACAACAAAACACCUGUACAGCUAAAAGUGACUUUUUCUGUAAAUUUCAUUAUUAUAAUGCUGCCAUACUUAGCACUUUGGGGUGGUUUUGAUAUUAAUUUUUUUAAUGAACCCUUCAUUUUAAAAAUAAUGAACAAUUGCUGCUGCUAGAGCUUCACAAGGUUUAAUUACUUGCAUUCUGAUCUGGAACUUUUCGUACUGAUCCAUCCCAGAAGACCAGUAUGCAUAUUAGUGAUAUGAAGGAUGGAUUCAGUGUGUUAUGUUCAUCCCUGCUCCACUGAAAUUCUAAGCAAUGUGAGAAACUAGAGGGGAAGUACUUUGGCACACAGGGCUAACACCCUGAAUUGAGCAACACAGACUGAACUUUUAUCCAGCCUCUGAAAGCUUGUAGAAUUACUGAUUAUUGAGUGCAGUUGAACGUCUAAAUGUCUGCUAAUGUUGAACCGUCUCUUCUGCAUCUUUAUUUAAGAAAUGUAUAGGGCAGCGUAUGCAGAAAUUGUGUUAAAAACUUAAAUACAAUAAAAGAUCCUGAGAACCAA